GGGAGUGGGGAGAGAAAAAGAACACAGCAACAGAGAAUAUCCAGGUAUCCCACUGAGAUACCUAAAAGAUGCUGAGAGGUGUUAGGGAGCAGCCUGAGGAAACUCCUCAGCCAGCCCCUCGGCAAAUCUUCCACGAGAGGCAGAGGAUCACUGGUCUGCCCUUGUACUUCCAAGGUUACCUGUCUGUCCGGCACUCAAGAUGCCAGGAAUUUAGAGUGUAUUGGACAGAACUCAGAGGAACUAUGCUCUUCUUUUAUGAUGAUAAGAAAUCCCCAACAUACUCAGAGAAAUUAGAUAUAUCAGCUUUGACGUCAGCAGUCAAUGUUUAUCCAGAUGAAAACAACUCUGCACAUUUCAUCCUGAUGCUGCCAAAUGGGGAACUUGAACUGAAGGCUAAUGACUACAAAUGUGGGACAGAAUGGAAGGGGUUUAUUCUCACUGUAACAAAGCUGUCAGUUCCACCAGAUGAGUCAUUAGUGCCUGGGCAACUCACAAGAAUGCAUGAGGUGCUAGAGAAGGAAAAGAAAAGAAGGAUUACGCUCAACAACUGUUCCAGCGCAUCCUUGAACACAAAAAGCCCUCCCAGCAGUACACUGACCACUAUGCCAGCGUGCUUCCAUGCAGUGUCUCGGCAAGAAGCGACAGAGAUGUUGGAAAAGAACCCUUCGUGGGGGAAUCUGAUCCUGCGCCCUGGCAGCGACAGCAAGAACUACGCAAUCACUAUCCGAUAUGAGCUGAAUGCCCCACAGUUAAAGCACUACAGAGUGAUAUCCAAAGGAACAAGUUACGUUAUCGAAUUGGAAAGACGGGUGACACUCCCAAGCCUUCAGGAUGUUGUCAGUUACUUUGUGACCCAAACGCGAGGGAACCUGAAGCCAUUUGUCAUACAGACACGUGCUGCAGAGGACCCGGCGUUCUGAAAGCAAGCUGGUUGCUUCAGGCACACACAGGAACAGUCCUGCUAAAAGAAAGAGGCACAAGAAGCAGCACACAAACUUCACACGACUGAAGAUAAACAGAAAGCAUUCCCUAAGCUACUCUUUUUCAAUCAACGCAACAGCUCUGUUGGCCCUAAACGAAGAAGGUGAUGCAGCUUCUCCUACAGAAACUUGAGCUAUGGGAAGGGCAAAUAACCCCAAUUCCUGUAGAAGAUCAAAUAUCGAUAAAGAGACAAGAGUAGGAAAGAGAAGACACAAUGCCCCUGCAAAAUGCAAUGGAAAAAUAUUGUGUUGAAAUUAGGCAGAUAGUAGUUAUGUGCUCAAUCCUGUCACUAGCUCACAGUGCUAUAAACUCUGUGUUAAAAACCUAAUUUCUUGUCUACUUACUUGUAAAAGUACCAGGGCCAUUUAUGUCAUCCCACAGACACAGCAGGGCUGCCUCACCUCUGCUGAGGCUUUGAGCACUGCCAGCGAGGUGCAGUACAGACAAAAAAAGCAGAAAAUACAAGUCUGAGUAGCUUAAACUGGACGUUCCUGGUUCUCUGCAAUGUCAUGCAACCCUUACAGGAGCUGGAACAUCCUGAGUAAGGUGGCGGGGGCAUUUCCCAUGUAAUGCAACUGAGGCAGGGCAUAAAUUAAAGCAUCUCCUGACCAGAUGAACAUUUCAACCCUUUUUACACGCAAGCAGGGGCAUUCAGACCCUGCCGCGAGC